GUGUGUGUCGUCCAGAUAUACCGCAUCCCAUUCUUUGUACUCCUCGCAAAUGUCAAAGUGGCCAUUGUUGCAGAUCGAGCAGCGGUAAGCAGCUUCGCGUAAAGUCCGAGCUCCACAGAUAUCGCAGACUAGGCCGCAAGUAUCCUCGAAUUCGUCACCGUCGCUGGAAAAAUAAAUUGGAAAAGCCUUGUUGCAGCCUUAUGAUAGGAGCUUUGUAAGACGAGGUUUAUGUCUCUUAGCGUCGAUGGGUGUGGUACGACCAAAGGUAUCACUUGCAUCUUGGUCAAUAUUUGGAACCUCAAGCAGUGCUGUCACAACUUGGUCCAUUCCUCGGACCGUGGCGCCCAUUAAGGGCGUGCGACCAUAUUCAUCCUUUGUGUUUGGGUUGCUUCCCGCUUUCAAUUAUAGUGCCACUAGUUCCUUCACGUUGAAUUUACGUUUGCUGCCAAGAACAAUAGUGUUCACCCUUCCUCAUCCAUGAUGUUUGGAUCUGUUCCAUACCGAAGCAACAUACUCACUACUGCUUGCGGAUCUCCUGCUGCAUCGUGAUACUGCCACUUCUUGCCUGUUUCAAUCUUCGACUUACGAAAUCAUCCCAGAGCUGAAACGAGAAGUUGCGAGAAUUUUAAUGGGUGUCUCUCUCUGGAGGGUAAAUAUUGCCGAAAGUAAGGUUGCAAUUCGCUUGCAUUGGAAGAACAGUACUUGUUAAGGGCAUCAAUAAUAAUGAAGACCAUUUUU